AUGUCAUCCACCCCUCGCAGCGGCAAAUCCUCCUCAACCAACGCCCUCAAACGGCUCACUCAUGAACUGCAAGACCUCCAAUCCUCACCCAACGAAGCGGUCCUUCACCUCGGUCCCGUCAACGAGGAAGAUUUAUUCCAGUGGGAGGCCGUCCUGAAAGGUCCUCGAGACCCCGCCUCGCCGUAUCACGGCGGGUUAUGGCUUCUGUCCAUCACCGUGCCUCCGACCUACCCAUUCACCCCUCCCAAAGUUCAAUUCAUCACGCCCAUAUGCCACCCGAACGUGCAUUUUUCCACGGGAGAGAUCUGUCUGACAUUGUUGAGCGGCGAACACUGGGCACCCUCGUAUACACUGAGCACCACCAUGGGUGCGAUUCAACAGCUGCUCAUUUCUCCGGGUUUGGACAGCCCUUUGAAUGUGGAUAUCGCGAAUCUGUACAGAGAAAACGACAACAUUGGAGCAGAGAGCCUAGUGAGAUUCUGGACAGGUGCUAAGAGAUGGGCUGGCGAAGGGAAAGAAUAUGCUCUCAACGCAGUAAAUCAGGGUGUCACAUCGUUAGGCAUAAAAGCUACAAAUGGCAUCGUUCUCGCGACCGAGAAGAAGUCGUCAUCACCUCUAAUCGAUCCUCCCUCCCUGUCGAAAGUAUCCCUCAUCACGCCCAACAUCGGCAUGGUAUAUAGUGGUAUGGGCCCGGAUUACCGAGUACUAGUGGACAAAGCUCGCAAAGUCUCACACACGAACUACAAGCGCAUCUACAAUGAAUACCCUCCAACACGGAUAUUGGUUCAGGAUGUGGCUCGAGUGAUGCAAGAAGCUACGCAGUCUGGCGGUGUACGGCCCUACGGUGUGAGCUUACUGAUAGCUGGAUGGGAUGACGGGAUCGAGCCAGAGACUGCAGCUGCAAAAGAGGGAGAGACCGAAGCAGAGGCCAAGCUAGCAAGCAGGAAAACGGGUGGCAUUCUGAAGGGCGGACCCAGUCUUUACCAGGUUGAUCCCAGUGGCAGUUAUUUCCCGUGGAAGGCCACGGCCAUCGGAAAGAGUGCAACAAGUGCAAAGACCUUUUUGGAGAAGCGAUACAAUGAUUCUUUGGAGUUGGAGGACGCCAUUCACAUCGCGCUUCUAACACUCAAGGAGACCAUCGAGGGAGAAAUGAACGGCGACACGGUGGAGAUCGGCAUUGUGGGCGAGCCUGCAAACCAUCUUCUCGGAUACGAGGGCGUCGAUGGUGCGAUCGGCCCAAGGUUCCGCAAACUCAGCAAAGAGGAGAUAGAAGACUAUCUGACCAACCUGUAA